GAGUGCGGGGAUGUUGUGAGGCGGAUGGUCGCUCUCGGUCCGGCGGCGUCGGCGGCGGCGGGAAUGGCGCUGGAGGAAGAGGGGCUGCGGCUCCUACAGAGCGUCAAAGUCAAGAUCGGAGAAGCAAAAAACAUGCCUCCCUAUCCAGGACCAAAUAAGAUGAGGGAUUGCUACUGUACUGUCAAUCUGGAUCAAGAAGAGGUGUUUAGGACCAAAAUAGUGGAGAAAUCCUUAUGCCCGUUUUAUGGUGAAGACUUCUAUUGUGAAAUUCCAAGAACAUUCCGCUACCUAGCAUUUUAUAUUUUUGACAGGGACGUCUUUCGGAGGGAUUCGAUUAUUGGUAAAGUUGCCAUCAAAAAAGAGGAACUUCAGAAAUAUCAUAAUCGAGAUACCUGGUUCCCACUUCAGCCGGUGGAUGCUGAUUCCGAAGUUCAGGGCAAAGUUCACCUGGAGCUGAGACUGAGUGAAGUCAUCACUGAUGUUGGGACCAUUUGCCAUAAAUUGGCCACACGUGUUAUAGAGUGCCAAGACUUGCCAAUAGUCAAUGGACAAUGUGAUCCAUAUGCAACAGUUACCUUGUCGAGCCCAUCCAGGUCUGAGUUGAAGAAAACAAAAGUAAAACGAAAGACGAACAAUCCCCAGUUUGAUGAAGUGUUUUAUUUUGAGGUGACCAGGCCAUGCAGCUACAGUCGAAAGUCACACUUUGAUGUUGAGGAGGAACAUGUUGAGAAGAUGGAAAUCAGGAUUGACCUCUGGAAUGCCAGUAACUUGAAGUUUGGUGAUGAAUUUCUUGGGGAACUGCGGCUCCCUUUAAAGAUUCUAAAGCAGUCUUCCUCCCAUCAAGCAUGGUACUUCCUGCAGCCUAGAGAUAAUGGAAAGCCGAUUAAACCUGUUGAUUUGGGUUCCUUGCGGUUAAAUGUUGUCUACACUGAGGACCACGUUUUCCCUACUCAAUAUUACGACCCAUUGAGAGACCUUUUAUUAAAAUCAGCAGAUGUUGAGCCAGUUUCUGCGUCGGCCGCUCACGUGUUGGGUGAAGUGUGUCGUGAGAAGCAGGAAGCAGCCGUUCCCCUGGUCAGACUCUUCCUGCAUUAUGGGAAGAUCGUUCCCUUCAUCAGCGCAAUUGCAAACGCUGAAAUAAAUAGGACCUUGGACCCUAACACCAUCUUCCGAGGGAACUCCUUAACCUCCAAGUGUAUCGAUGAAACAAUGAAACUGGCGGGGAGGCAUUACCUGCAGGUCACACUGAAGCCCAUCGUCGAUGAGAUAUGUGAAGUCCACAAACCCUGUGAAAUUGACCCAGUUAAACUGAGAGAUGGUGAAAACCUGGAAUGUAACAUGGACAACCUCAGGCAAUAUGUUGAAAGAAUUUUCAACGUCAUCACGAAAUCAGGCAUGAGUUGUCCCACAGUCAUGUGUGACAUCUUCUUCUCCCUGAGAGAAUCUGCUGCCAAGAGAUUCCAAGGCGAUGCUGACGUGCGGUACACGGCUGUGAGCAGUUUCAUCUUCCUGCGGUUCUUUGCUCCAGCUAUUCUUUCACCAAACCUGUUCCAACUUCACCCUCACCACCCGGACCCAUUAACAGCACGGACUCUGACCCUGGUAUCCAAGACCAUCCAGACUUUGGGCAGCUUAUCCAAAUCCAAGUCUGCAAGCUUCAAAGAAUCCUACAUGGCCACAUUCUACGAGCACUUUAAUGAACAGAAAUAUACAGAGGCUGUAAGAAAUUUCCUAGAUUUAAUCUCCUCAUCUGGAAGGAAGGACCACAAAAGCAUUGAGCAACCCAUCGUAUUAAAGGAAGGGUUUAUGAUCAAGAGAGCACAGGGAAGAAAUCGCUUUGGCAUCAAGAACUUUAAGAAGCGAUGGUUCCGUCUCACCAACCACGAGUUCACCUAUCACAAGCACAAAGGUGACCAGCCAUUGUACAAUAUUCCAAUUGAAAAUAUUCUUGCAGUCGAGAAACUGGAGGAAGAGUCUUUCAAAAUGAAAAAUAUGUUUCAAGUAAUUCAGCCAGAAAGAGCAUUGUACAUACAGGCCAACAACUGUGUGGAAGCAAAAGAUUGGAUUGACAUCUUGACUAAAGUUAGCCAGUGCAACAAGAAGCGAUUGACCAAGUACCAUCCCUCAGCCUACCUCAACGGGCACUGGUUAUGCUGCAAGGCCAGUGCAGACUCUGCGCCAGGCUGUACUCCGUGCACAGGUGGCCUACCAGCCAACAUCCAGCUAGAUGUGGAUGGUGACAGGGAGACUGAGCACAUAUAUUCACUCUACAACAACUACAGGACCAAGUUGGAGAAGAUGCAAGAGGCAUGUGGUAGUAAGUCUGUGUAUGAUGGUCCGGAGCAGGAGGAAUAUUCAUCGUUCAUUAUCGAUGACCCUCAGGAGACGUAUAAAGUGUCUAAACAGAUUCUAGCUGCAGUUCGAACCCUGGAGUUGGAGCAUGCUCAAUAUACGAAGAAUAAGUUCAAGAGGACCAAGUAUGGCAGCCAGGAGCAUCCAAUUGGUGAUAAGUCUCUUCAGUGUUACAUAACUCAAAACUCAGGAUCUUCAACCAAUUCCGUGUGACCAACUGCCUGAAGGAAGACCUGGGAAUGCCAAGAGUAUUACUUUAUACCUGAAGGAGCUGGAUAUUUAGUGGCCACAGACUGAAAAUGAGGUUUUAAAACGCAGAAGAUAAUUCGUAUGAUACGUUCAGAUUUGAAGCAUUCAACCUACACACGUUCCUUCUGAUUUUAACAAUGUUUUCACAAACAGUUACAGUGUGCACUUUUAGUCAUCUGAUGGUGACAGAUGACUAGCCAUUUGCCUUUAAGGCAAUUAUUUUUUUAACUGCUUCUGGGAGGUGAUCAGUUCAAUGAUCAUUGAAAGUGAACCAGUCUGUAAGCAACUCCAGUGUAAAGUUUUGAGAAUUGUUGGAUCCAAGCCAAGCUGAGUAUUGAAGUAAGGAAAGCAAUAGAAUCUCACAAGCUGCAAGCGCACAAUGGUAAACUCGGGGAACACCACUAGACAGAGCCUCGGACUGAGAGUGGGGUUUUACUUCCUGAUGCGUCCCAUCCAAGGAAUGGAGGGAUGGGGGAAUCUGUGCCUCAGUAAAGCCUUGUGAGUUUACCCUUUAGACAUGUCAAUAUCAGUUAGUAUUCACCCCAGAAUCCCGCUGACCUCCACCCCUCUGCCCCCCACCAACCAUGAAAAGACACCCAUUACACAGCAGACUUUUCUGAAUUGCACUGCAAACUGCUCCUCUUUGCUCCUGGGUUGAGGAUUCUGUUUCCAGGGAGAGGAUGCGCCCAGUAUUGCCACCGUGUCCGGUCCAUGAAGCUAUUAGGCACUGUUCUCUUCUACAGUUGGCACCAGUCAUCUCAGUGCCAUUUGGCAAACUCCUGGGUGUGUGUAUGUGAGGGCACCAUGUCCCCAUGAAUCCUGCAUUGUUAAACUGUGUCACUCAGACAAAACUGUUGUCUGCAGCUGGAAAAAAGACUCUUAACUUCUGUGCCAUUUCCUGUUGUAUCGUGUGUGCAGUCUUAGAAGCCCUUUCAUUUAAUGGAAUUGUGUAUGCCAUAGCGACAGAGCAUGCAGUGGUGGCACUGCCUGUACAGCCCACCUGACACAGUACAAUGACUGAAGCAGUGUGCGUAAUCUUGCAUUGACGUAUCCUGCAUCAGGGAUACGACAUGUAUCAUCGUCCAUACACUGUGAUAAAGGCAAUUUGUUAGUGCCAUUACUAAUGACCGUUGUAGAGUUUGGGGCCCAGGUACUCUGCUGUGGAAUAUUUACUGACCCCCCCCCAUGCCUCCUGCUUCAGUUUUAACAGAAAGUAGGACUCAAAUCUUCAUUUGCAAUCGCACAUUUUUAUCUAAAGGGAUGAAAAUACGACCACAAUUGUAGGUAGAUAGAAUUCCUCUGAAGCUGCAGGGAGUUGUCCAUUAGUAUGUAUCUGUUUUUAAGAGAAGCACUGUCCUAGUGAUAGAAUUGGUUUAUCAUGUUUUAGAAAAAUGUUGAAUAGAUUGUAUAGUAGUAGUAUUCCUGACCUGUCAAAAGGAAAACGGAUUGAGAAGUGUUCAAUUCCAUGGAGAGUCUCCAUUAGACCUGCCAGCUGAACAGAUUCUCCUGCAAUGCUUGUAAGUUAACACUUUACCUAGAAUACUAAUCGGACACCUUGCAUUUUUAACUGCCAAAAUAAAAUCACAAGUUUUUAAA